AAAUGCGCAAAUAAGCAUCUGAGUGAAUGCAUUUCUAAAAUAGAGCUAAGACGCAUCGUAUAUGUUAGGUCUAUAUUAUUAAAACGAAAAAUUAAAAAAGGACUUAGUCCCAAUGAGAUUG